AUGCCUGUCAACAGCACUGCCGUGUCCUUGGCCAAUGCUACCUACAUCACUGUGGAGAUUCUCAUUGGGCUCUGUGCCAUAGUGGGCAAUGUGCUGGUCAUCUGGGUGGUCAAACUGAACCCCAGCCUGCAGAACACCACCUUCUAUUUCAUUGUCUCCCUAGCCCUGGCUGACAUUGCUGUCGGGGUGCUGGUCAUGCCUUUGGCCAUUGUCAUCAGCCUGGGUGUCACAAUCCACUUUUAUAGCUGCCUUCUCAUGACCUGCCUGCUGCUGAUCUUCACCCACGCCUCCAUCAUGUCCUUGCUAGCCAUUGCCGUGGACCGAUACCUGCGGGUCAAGCUCACGGUCAGAUACAAGAGGGUCACCACUCAAAGAAGAAUAUGGUUGGCUCUGGGCCUUUGCUGGCUGGUGUCAUUCCUGGUGGGAUUGACUCCCAUGUUUGGCUGGAACAUGAAACUGAACUCAGAGUACCACAAAAAUCUCACCUUCCUUUCCUGCCAAUUCCGUUCCGUCGUGAGGAUGGACUACAUGGUCUACUUCAGCUUCUUCACUUGGAUUUUCAUUCCCCUGGUUGUCAUGUGUGCCAUCUACCUUGACAUCUUCUAUGUCAUCCGGAACAAACUCAAUCAGAACUUUUCUAACUCCAAAGAGACAGGUGCAUUUUAUGGACGGGAGUUCAAGACAGCCAAGUCUCUGUUUCUGGUUCUUUUCUUGUUUGCUUUGUCCUGGCUGCCUUUAUCCGUCAUCAAUUGUAUCAUCUACUUUAAUGGUGAAGUACCACAAGUUGUGCUGUACUUGGGCAUCCUGCUGUCCCAUGCUAACUCCAUGAUGAACCCUAUCGUCUAUGCUUAUAAAAUAAAGAAGUUCAAGGAAACCUAUCUCUUGAUCCUCAAAGCCUAUGUGAUCUGCCAGCCCUCUAAUUCCUUGGACUCAAGCACUGAGCAGACUUCUGAGUAGCUAUCCAUGAAAGAUGACUCUCCGUCCCAUUGACCUUCAGAUUCAGCAUGGACAAACACUUGAGGGCCUAUCCACCUGGGCCAUGGGCUCUCACAUGUUUGAUUUCUUCCAGUGAUGUGGGAAGCAUUUGGCUGGCUGCCUCCAAUUGUAUCUUCCCUACUACCCUCUUUCUCUAAUUCAAUUUUUUUCUUGUCCUUCUUUUCUAAUUCAAUUUUCUGGGUGUCUGACUUGAGGACAAUGUUCUAUUGUUACUACUGCCUGUGUUCCUCCUUCCCAAACAGAAGUCAUGUAACCUGAAGGAUGCCUCAUUGGCUUACUGACCAAAGGAUCCCAACUGGGCUGGACGCGUACAUAAUGGUGACUCAGUUCUACUCCAUUAUGGAAUUAAGCAGAGAACCCUGCUCUCAGCAGAUGCCUGGAGGAUGGAUGGAAUGCAAG